AUGUUGGAGGACGCUGCUGCUGCUGCUGCUGCGUUCAGGGGUUCACUCAACUCAGCGGGGGGCGGGGCCUACAUCCGGGUGACGUCAGCGGCGGACAGCCAGACCAUGAUGGCGGCGGCAGCGGCGGCGGCGGCGGAGCGGGGCGGCGGCUCCUCGCGGCCUGCGGCGGCGGAUUACUCGGUGCUGGUGGUGGUGGGAGCGCUGGGGCCCACCGGGCUCCUGGAGCGGCUGCUGCGGCAGAUAGACGCAGGAGUGCGCUGUUGGCCUGUAGAUCUGGAUGUUUCCAUUCUGGAUCAGCAGCUCAAACAGUUUGUAUCCAGACACUCAGCCUUCCUGUCAGAACACGUCCCCGGUCAGCGGACUCUGCAGCACCACGGAGACGUUCUGGACACUCAGGUUGUGGUGAAUCCAGCUCAGGACUUCGUCUGCUCCGAGGUCCGGCGGCUGAUCUGCGAUUCAUCCCGACACAAACUGCUGGUUCUGGCUGGUCAGUGUGUGGAAGACAGCGGAGACAUCGUGCUGCAGAAAGGCUGCUUCUCCCUCAACCACUUCAUCCACAUAUUCGCUGAUGAGGAGGUCGGAGAGUUGUUGAGCUCUGCAGACCCGGCGGUGAAGGCCAGCCUCACCCUUAGCUGUCCUAACUAUGGUCUUUGGAAGGACUCUGUGCUGGAGAAACACAACCUGCAGGACUUCAUAAACAUCCGGAUCAACCCGCUCCCUGUCCUCCCAGAAAUGGAAGGUCUGCAGGAGUUCACCGAGUACCUAUCCGAGGCUCUGGAGCCCGAGUCGCCCUUCGCCCUCCUGGAGCCCCCGAGCACCGUGGGAUUCCUGAAACUCUCGCGGCCCUGCUGCUACAUUUUCCCUGGCGGAAGGGGAGACUCCGCCUUCUUUGCUGUUAACGGUUUUAACGUCCUGGUUAACGGCGGCUCUGAUCCUCGCUCCUGCUUCUGGAAACUGGUUCGACACCUGGACAGAAUCGAUUCAGUGCUCCUGACUCACAUAGGCGUGGACAAUCUGCCCGGGCUCAACAGUCUGCUGCUGAGGAAAGUAGCUGAGCAGGAGGAAGAGUCUGCUGGAUCUCAGACGGAAGAGGAGUGGAUGAAGAACCUCAUCUCCCCUGAGAUUGGGGUGGUCUUCCUCAAUGCUCCUGACAGACUGAAGUCCAUACAGGGAGAUCCCAGCGAGCUGCAGAGUUGUGACCAGGUGGCAAUCACUCUGCAGCACUUACAAAGACUGGCAAUCAAACCCGAAUCUAUCAGCCGGUCUAAUGGACCCACUAUAGAACCAGUGAUCUUGUUUCAAAAGAUGGGAGUUGGCCGUCUGGAGCUGUACACUCUGAAUCCGGUCAGCGGCAGCAAAAACCUUGAAGCUUUAAUGCAGGUUUGGCCAAACAACGGAUCAAAUGUAAAGGGCUCAGAUCUUCCACUACCAUGCCUUGUUUCCAUUUGUGCUUUGCUGGUCUGGCAUCCUUCCAGUCCUCAAGAGAAGAUCAUCCGUGUCCUCUUCCCAGGGUGCACGCCACAAACCAAAAUUCUGGAUGGACUUGAAAAACUCAAACAUCUGGAUUUCCUCAAAAAUCCUGUUGUGUGUUUGAAGGACCUAGAAACACCCAAAACAGAGAAACAGCCUAAAAGAGCAGAGAGUCGUGAAAGCCUUAAGUCCCUGUCUAAGGACUUCAGACCCAGUAGUGCCUUGCAGAAAGACAAGCCUGGACGAGUAGACCUAAAAAAACAGGAGGCGAAAACGAAGCCAAAGGCAGCAGGAGACACAGCACCUAAAGAAAAGAAGGAUGGGGAAGAGAAGCCCAAACUAAAGGAAGCGGAUACGAAAUCAAAGCCGCCUAAACCUGCCGAAAAGCUUGUUCCAAAGAAAGAUGUGUCAAAAGAAGAGAAAAAGGAAGUGAAAAAGAAGGACGAUAAGGCCCCUGCUGCUUUUGUAAAGAAAGAAGAGAGUGGAGAGAAAAAGAAAGAGGCGGUAAAGAAGGAAACUCUAAGUACAAAACCAAAGAAAGACAUUAAACCUGAACCAAAAAAAGACAGCAAGAAGGAUGUAAAAACAGAGGAGAAGAAAUCCACAAAGCCAGCAGUUAAAGAAAUGAAGAAAGCAACAAGUGUAGCUUCAAGUGCAGGAUCUACAGCAAGUACAGAACUGAGAAAAUUUUCGGGCAAGAGUGGGACUCUAAAGAAAGACGGGACUCUUCCAAAGAAAGACACUUUGAAUAAAGGGACAAAAGGAAAACCAGGCUCAAAGGAGCAGGAAAAUCAGAAGGAGGCAGAUCACUCCAAGGUGUCAACACCUGAGGACAUGACGGCUGAAUUUGAAGAACUUCGAUUGGAAGAUGACAAUGGGAACAGAGGCCAAAACUCAAAGGUUACUACAGUCGUCAAGCCUGAUGCAGCAAAGACCAAUAAGAACCGGACCUCGACAAUAGAGAGUCCAGAGAAGUUUCGCUCUAUGGACAUGGACCAGGACUUGUCCUCCACCACCUCACCUCUUGCCAAGACUCCAAAGGGUGAUCUCACUCUGACUGAACAUCAGCCGGUCAGGGGCUCCUUGAAGAACGGACCAGAUGAUGUCUGUGCCAGCUCAGCGCAAAAAACUGUGGAUUUGGUCUCCCCAGAAGCAGACAUUCAGGGUUUAGGGGAGGACAGCAGCCUUGGGGUGAAAGGAUCCAGUCUGGGCCUUGAGGAUUACAACCAGGGAGGUUCUUGUAGGACCUCUGAUGUUAGCUCCCUGAGGGAAGGUCUAGAAAACUCCACUUCCUCUCAGGACAAGCAGUCCAGUCUUUUUACACUCAGUCCUUUCAAAGACAUUAUGCCAGACUCCUCGUCCACCAUUACCUCCCUGCCGGCUGAGGUUGGCUCUCCACACUCCACAGAGGUUGAUGAAUCCCUGUCUUUUUCUUUAGAGCAAAUGCAACCCCCCACUGCAGCAUCACCCAAAGGACCCAUGAGAGACAGAGUCUACUCCAACGGACACAUUAGUGACUCAGACUCCAACAGUGGGAUGGCCUUACCUCUGAGAUCAAACCAUAAUGGGCGUUGUGGAAAUGGAUCAGAGGAACACAUCCACGGGAUGUCAGAGCUCAUCUCAGAUGUUCCACAUGAUGUCGAUCUCUGCUUGGUAUCACCUUGUGAGUUCCAGCAUCCCAAGACUCCAGAGAACCACCAGCAGAACGUUAGCCCCGGCCUCGCUAUCAGUAGCUCGAUCAACCUCUCUGACAACAACAACUAUUCGCAGGAUCAAAGCAGCAGCGACUGCCCUUCAGCUUACAGCCAGGAAACUCCGCCCACAUCAGUCAGUGAGUCCCUCCCGACAGCCACAGACUCUGAUGUGCCCCCUAAUACCGAGGACUGUCCUUCUAUCACGGCAGACAUCGACUCUGAUGAGGAUUCCAGCAGUCUUUUCCUGCCCAGUCAUCCACAAGAUCAUCCCAGUCAACACUACUCUCUCAUGGGAGGGCAGCUUUCCUCGCAUGACCCGCCACCAGCCCCGGUCAAGGAUUUGCCCCCAUUACCACCACAGCCUGGAGCCUGCAUGGCCGACUCAGAGGCUGACUGUUCAAGCAAGAACCUGAAGAAUUCAGCUGCCAAGACCAAGAAACAAACAGGUACACUACAGAAGUCUGGAAGUACCGCAGCCCCCAACGGAAAGACCAAGGUCACCAGCUCUACAGGGUCACUAAAGAUGACCUCCAGCCUAGACACAAAGCCAUCAACCAGAAAUUCACUUGGAGGGUCCAGAAUUGGAACUACAAGACCUUCAUCCUCAGUGUCCAAAGCUGCAGGUUCUGAGGGUUCUGCCGUCUAUGUGGACCUGGCCUAUCUGCCGUCUGGCUGCGCCUCCUCCACUGUGGACCUGGAGUUUUUCAGACGUCUCCGCUCUUCACAUUACAUCGUCAGUGGAGACGAUCCAGUGAAGGAGGCAGCGAUGAGGAGCAUCCUGGACGCUCUGCUGGAGGGGAAGAGCAGCUGGCCGGAGGUUCAGGUGACUUUGAUCCCAACCUUUGAUUCGCUGGCAAUGCACGAGUGGUACCAGGAGACCCAUGACAGGCAGAGGGAGCUGUCGAUCACCGUGCUGGGCAGCAACAGCACCGUUGCCAUGCAGGAAGAGACCUUCCCUGCUUGCAAGGUCGAGUUCUGAACUCCUCACCUGUGACCUCCGCGCAGGUGGACAAGGAGAGCAUGGUUGCCAUGGUUACAGACCAACAAUAGGACGAGUUCAAUCGGCUGAACCCGAAAGCCCCGCCCACUUUCAGUGGAGUCAUUUUAGUGAGCAUGCUCAGUUGAGACAGGAAGUCCAGUAAAAGGUUGAAUAAGUUUACUUUACAUUUCCUGCACCUGUUUUACAUCACUGCACGGUUAGCACCUGUCACUUUCUGUCACUUCCUGUCACUGCUGGAUCAGGACUUUCAGCAGGAUGCUGCAUAUUAACACUAAUGUCCCAAAUUAAUUCAAUUUAUUUAAUUACAUCUUAUAAAUCUUAAUAUUUCAUUAACAACAAGCACAGAUACAGUAUAACGGUAUGGCAUUAGUUGUUAGUUAGUGUUAACUAAUGUUAGCUUAUGUUAGCACUGUUGCUAAGAGCACAGCUGUCAGUGUUCAGUCUGACUGAUUUUAGUUCACUUGUUAAGAAGUUCUCUGCAUCUUCACAUGAAGACAUUUUAUCUUUUUAAUUUUAUUAACUCAUAACAGAAGUUAUCUGACUUUCUAAAACAGCAGGAGACUGAACUCAUUGUUAUUUACAGAGACAACAGUUCUUCUUUUUUUUGUUUUACGAGACAGUUACUCGCUGAUGACCACACGGAGCUCAGACAUUAUGUUUACAGAUAACUUUAGUCCUAUCUGACUGGAAUAACAGGCUUCAUUUAGACAUAGAUGAGUGGUUUAAAUAAUGCUAGUGCUGCCCCCCAAAGAUGUUCCUAGUGGACUAUCAGUCAUUAGAUAAAGCCAAUAGUCGACUAAUCAUCAUGUUUCUGAUAUUACUGUAUUGAUUAUACUGUGUGUAUGUGAACAGCUGCCUGUUAAACAGAAACAGUGGUAAUGAUUGUGAAUCAGAACAACCAACAAGGAGACUGAACCUCGGUCCUUCCCGCUCCGGUUCUGUGGCUCAUUCGGGUCCCUCUGCUGCUACACUAGCAGUGUUUAAACUCCCUGUCCUUCCAGCUCCCAGUUCGGUUACAGACAGCUAAUAGGAGCGCUAACUAGCUAAUAGCAGCUAGUACAGUUAGCAUAUGCUGCAGUGCAGUGGUCAGAGACUUCCUGUGUUACAAGAGAAAAGGUCCGUGUUGCAACAGUCCACUGAUACGAUACGAAAGAGUUCGGUCUAGACCUGCUCUAUUUGAAAAGUGUCCUGAGAUAACUUCUGUUAUGAACUGGCGCUAUACAAAUAAAAUUGAAUUGAACUGAAUUGAUACUUUGGUCCCGGUGACAAGGAGCAGCUCCUGAACGCAGUCUAACGUUGGUUUGGUUUCUCUGAGACUGUCAGACUGAAAGUGUCACUGAGACUCUGACGGUUCAGUUGGGGGGCAGCGAUAGAUCAUCAAUACCUUUCUCUGUAAUUAUUGAUAUGAUACUCGUCUCCAAUCGAUUGUCUAAAAUACAAAUACUGUAUGUAAGAUUUAUAUAGUAUUUACCAAAUGGUUCUCAUAAUUAAGUGUUUUCAAUGUAAUUAAGAGAUAUGAAUCUUAUCAUUUUUAUUAUAUUUAUAUUUAAAAAAGAAGAAUGAUGCAUACAUAAGAAUCAGAAUUCAUAAUUUGAAGGAAACAUGUUUCAUUGGUUGAAGUUUCUGAUCCAGCAGACAGGACGAGUUUUAAUGAAUCUGUAUAAAUGAUAGUCAAUAUUUGGGACCACAGCAGCUUUGGGAUCAGUUUUAUUGUGAAGGUUGAAACACGACUGUGUGCAGCACAGAGCUCAGAUCAGAGCUCACAUGUUCACAGGCUCUAAAUACUACAUUACCCAUGAGCCUGAGCUGCUCAAUUGAUUGAACAGUGAAAUUGUUAAAGAGCCUGUAGCUCUCUGAUUGGACAGCUGUCGCAGCAGUGCUUUCUGGGACUUGUAGUAUUUUCAGAUUAGCCGAUUGAAUCUGGGAAAAUCAAUAUAUCAAUAUUAAGUUGUUCUUUAUGUACUUUUUAUGUUUUUUGUUUUCUGAUUUAGAAACAACGACUGAAACCACGGAGAUAAAACUUGACUGUCCUUUUUUUUAAUUUAAUUUCUGCCUCAAAAACACAAACAAACAAACAUUUCCAUCUUUAAAGUAUUUAUUUAUUUUAUUUUUACAAAUUGUCCUUUUUUCAUUUCAGUCUGGACUUUGGUACGAGCUCCUCGCCAGCUUAUAUCAGCUUCAAUCAGAUCAUCUAUUCCAACAGAUAAUCAAGUUCAUUGGUCGUAAAACCUAAAACACAGGAAGUGAUCUUUAAUGAAGUUUAUUGAUGUGAAACCGAUCACUGCUGAAUGAAGGUUGUUAUUGGACAAUAACACAGACAUCAACGCAGUAUGACGAUGAUGAUUCCAUAAAGUGGAAAUAUUCACAAAUUAAAGUUGUAAUGUUUAUAUUAAAACCUCCUAAUUUGGAAGAAAAAAGUCAGAUUUUAAGAUAAAUGAAUGAGAAAGUUGACUUUUAAUAAUUGAUCAUAAUUAUUAAUUGACAGAUAUAAUACUGUUAGAGUUUUAUAUUUAUAAUUUGACUCUUUUCACAAUAUAUUUUAUUAUCAUCCUGUUAUUGACUUUAUUGAGCAGAUUUUGAAUCAGACCGCCGUAGAGACUUAUUUUAGACUUUUAUUUUGAAAAUGUUUUCACCCCUCUCCCAACACACAUGCACACAUCAUUUGUGUGUUGAAACACUAAUUUUAAUGAUUCUGUCUAAAUAAAAUUAGCCCUUUA